CCUGUUCACUCCUAUCUGACUCUUCGUUUUUUAUUUAACUUCGACUUUACGUUUGUUCAUGCUUCGUGGGCCAGAGUGCGACAGUUUGACCGUUGCACCAGAGGUGUGCAACUCGAGUGCACGUUGAUCAGGUUAGGAUGGCACCAGCGCUCAGCAAAUUUACGACUGGACGCACACUGGGCAGUGCAGUAACAGCUGGUGCGCUCAUUAUUUUGAUAUUGAAAUAUCGCAAUAAAAGACGAACGCAGAAGUCAAGAGACCAGUGGCUUACCAAUAAUGACAUCUAUUAUGUCAUUAAAGAGCAAAAGCCAAAAAGUCCCAAGGCACAAGUCGAUGCUGUUUUCUUCCGCAGAAUUUUACAAUUGCUCAAGAUCGGUAUUCCUGGUGUGCUGUCACCAGAAUUUGGCAUGGUUUUUGUAGUAGCAGCUUCUUUGAUUGGCAGGACCUUAUGUGACUUAUAUAUGAUUAGGAAGGGUACUCAGAUAGAAACAGCAAUUGUCAGCAAGAAUGGACCAUUAUUCAGGAAACAUUUAUUUUCUUUCUUUUUUAUAGGGCCUAUGAUAGCAGUCUUGAACAACAUAAUGAAGUACAGUUUAAGUGAAAUGAAGUUGAAGUUACGUACAAAUAUCACACGUUACUUACUGGAUCAUUAUCUUAAGGGCUUUACUUAUUACAAAAUGUGCAACUUGGACAGUCGUAUCUCUAAUCCGGAUCAACUCUUGACUACGGAUGUUGAUAAAUUUUGUGACAGCUUUGUAAACCUUUAUAGCAAUGUGACAAAGCCUUUGUUAGACAUUGGUAUUUAUGUGUUUAAAUUAACUCCUAUUGGUGCGCAAUCGCCACUGUCGAUAUUAACGUAUCUGGUAUUAGCUGGCGUUUUUCUGACCAAAAUUCGCAAGCCCAUUGGUCAAAUGACGGUCAAAGAACAACGAUUAGAAGGAGAAUAUCGUCACAUCAACUCUCGAUUGAUUACUAACUCAGAAGAAAUCGCGUUCUACCAUGGAAACAACAGAGAAAAAUUGACACUGUUAACUAGUUUCCACAAACUUAUAAGCCAUCUUCGUAGAGUCUUGGAAUUUAAAACUUUCAUAGGUAUAAUAGACAACCUCGUUGCAAAGUAUUUUGCCACUGUAGUCGGUUUCUACGCGAUCAGUAUACCCUUCUUCCAGGACAAUCAUCCCCUGCUCACCGGCUCGUCUAAUCAUCGCUUCAACUCUUACUAUACAUAUGGCCGGAUGAUGGUUAGAAUGGCCGAGGCGGUCGGCCGGCUGGUAUUGGCUGGCAGAGAACUCACGCGGUUAGCUGGAUUCACAGCAAGAGUUACCGAGGUCAAACAGGUCCUUGAUGAAUUGAACGCCGGCAAGUAUGAGAGAACGAUGAUUACGGAUUACAAGGACACCGCUUUCGGCUAUCCCGGUGGCGGCAAAAUCAUACCACGUGACAACGUCAUAAGAUUCGAUCGUGUGCCACUCGUUACGCCAAAUGGAGACGUACUUAUCAAGGAACUAUCUUUCGAGGUGAAGUCGGGCAUGAACGUCUUGGUUUGUGGUCCGAAUGGUUGCGGCAAAAGUUCCAUGUUCAGGAUUCUCGGUGAACUGUGGCCAGUCUGGUCUGGGUCUGUCACGAAACCACCACGUGGUAAGCUAUUCUACAUUCCGCAACGUCCUUACAUGACGUUGGGCACCUUGAGAGAUCAGGUUAUUUAUCCUCAUACGAGAGCAGAGAUGCAGAGGCGCGGUAACGUUAACGACGACGAUUUAAAGAAAUUUUUGGACUUGGUGCAACUGACUCAUCUGUUGGAUAGAGAGAAUAUUAGCAACAGUGAAGGACAAGGUUGGGACGCGGUAGCCGAUUGGAUGGAUGUUCUAUCGGGAGGUGAAAAACAACGUAUAGCAAUGUCUCGACUGUUUUAUCACAAACCGCAAUUCGCGAUCUUGGACGAGUGCACGAGCGCUGUUAGCAUGGACGUCGAAGACUCUAUGUAUAUGUACUGCAGAAAAGAGAAUAUAACAUUGUUCACAGUUUCACAUCGUCGUUCUCUUUGGAAACAUCACGAGUACUAUUUGCAAAUGGAUGGACGAGGAAGCUACGAAUUCAUGCCAAUCCAACAAGAUACGAUAGAAUUCGGAUCGUGAAUUCUUGCGUCCCUUGCAUACGUGGAUAAACGUAAUCGUGCAAGGGACAUCUAAUGUUGUCUGUUAGUAAUUUUAAUAAUAGAUAAACAAAUUUUUUUAAACAAAGACAACAGAAUGCUAUAGAAAAUGUUAACUCUGUAUUUUACGUUCAAGCCUACUUGAACUACUUCCACUCUUAAAAUGCAAUAACUCCGUAGCUGUUCCUAAUAUUCUAACAAUUUGCGACUAUCAAUUUUCUAUUAAUAAGUAGGGCACUUCAACGAUAUAAGAAACGAUAAAUAUGUAAGAAAUGAAUAUAGGACGCAGCAGGAUUAGAUACAAAUGAUUAUCUGACUCUUUAUACUGUACUGAUAAGCACUUUACCAAGUACCAGCGAGACAGGCACAGCAUCUAGUGCGACGCUGAUUCCUUCACGUACGCAUAGUUAUUUAAAUUGCAAUGCACAAUAAUAUAUUUUUCUAUCAGUGUUUUAACAAAAUACAGAGUAACGUACUUUUGAAUACAAUGUAAGAUUCAGACAUAUGACGCUGUAAUACUUUUAAAACAAGUUUUCGUAUAUCUUUAAUUCCUCUUCGAAUAUUAGAUAUGUAAAUAUAUAUAUAAGCAGGUAUAGGUAUAUAUAUAAGCAGGUAUAGUGUGUAGAUAUCUAAUGCAAAAAUUCUCGGUUGUUUAUUAACAAUUUUUUUUCGUUUUAUAAAGUAGAAACGCCGCAAAUUAUUUACUAGUUAAAUUUACUAAUAUAUUAUGUUAUACGACACUUUCAAAUAUUUAGAUUUCUUACAGUUUAUGGAAAAAUUUAUCUUAUCUCAUGAUAAUGUAUGCAUGAAUAUAUAUAACAUACUUCAUUAUAGGGCCUGGGGUAAGAUUGUAAUAUUUGUUAUGGUAUGUUAGAACACAAAAGAUAUACAUCACACGAGGGAUGUAGCAAAUUGUUGGACAA